GUGUGUGUGUGUGUGUGUGUGUGUGUGAGGGGGUCGGUGCAGGUCAUGUAGCGGGAGGCGGGUGUGCAUCGUGCAGCCUAAGCAUUCCCACAAAAAUAAUUUGAAGUGACCAUGAUAGAAAGCUCUAACCACGAAAUAUUUCUCUCCCAGCAUCCCACGCAGAGUGCGAUGUGAAAGAGUUUGUGAUCACAGCAGUUGGCAGAGUGUGGGAGCAGUUCAAGUGGGGAAUAUGAUGAUGUCAGCGGGCGACAACUUUUUCGCUUAGUUAUGGCGGAGGUCAACUUUAGAAAGUUGGCCAACUUUCGGAUUCGCAGCCCGGCACCCGUGGACCUGCGCUAAAUGUGUACCCGGGUUUGUCGAGAUUUAAAGGGGCUGCGAGCGGCCAGCGAUCGGUGAACGUGAGGGCCCGAAGCGUCGAACGUUAAAUCUUGGCUUCUUUAGGCUGGUCCCAAAGUAUCUUUCGGUUUUGUACCCAACGCCGGACUUGGUGUAGACCCGAAAGGUUCACCGGCGUCUGGCCGUUCGUCCCCAGGCGGAACUCGCAGCGACCAUUACAUUGGAGCUGAUGUAAAACUACUGCAAACAUCCGAGAAUCCAAGCGGCCGUGUAGUCUCCUGGAUUGCACAGAUCCUCUGCCUGUCUGAUCAAAAUGGAGUAUAAUCUGGGAUUCUGGAAAUCCACCAGUAAUGGUUUCAGUCCACAAGAUUUUUUCCAUGAUGUUUCUACAUCUGUUUCCCCCACCUUUGCUCAUCACUUUGCAUAUCGUCGUGAAUCCGAGGAUGGGAAAUUGGCAGAUGCUUACAAAGCAAGUGGCACUAUUCGGGUUUACUUACCAAACAAGCAGCGUACUGUGGUGAGCGUGAGACCAGGCAUGACUGUACAAGACAGUUUAAAAAAGGCUCUAAAAGUUCGAGGUCUUCAGCCAGAUUGCUGUGCAGUCUUCAGGCUGCCACAGGGAUGCCCCAAGUACCGUAUAGAUUGGACCACAGAUGCUACCUCAUUGAUUGGUGAAGAGCUGGUGGUUGAGGUCCUGGACCACCUCCCUCUAACAACUCACAAUUUUGUCCGCAAAACCUUUUUGAAGUUGGCAUUCUGUGAUAUCUGUCAGAAAUUUCUUCUGAAUGGCUUUCGGUGUCAGACCUGCGGCUACAAGUUCCAUGAGCACUGUAGCACCAAAGUCCCUACCAUGUGUAUCGACUGGAGUAACGUUAGAGCAUAUCAAGCAGCCACAGCAUACUCCAGACUGUUCUCCACAUCCAACAGUGAUGGGGUAGUGCCGUCUAUUACACAAAUGACUACACGCCGAGUACGCGAGUCUUUUUCACGGCUUCCUGAGAGUUUGCAGUACAGGCAUUCCACCUCGCAUGCCUUCAACUGCCCCAUGCCUUUCUCAUCCAUAGAAGGUCAGCUCUGCCAACGGCAAAGGUCUUCAUCCACUCCCAAUGUUCACAUGUCCAGCACCACCAUGCCGAUUGAUAACAGCAUUAUUGAGGAUGUAAUAAGAAGUCACACUCAAAAAGUUCCUGCAUCAGCACUGUCGAAUAGUCCACCCAGCUUAAGUCCAACACGUGAAUCUAAGCAAAAGUCCCCAGUUCAAGCUCACAAAGAUAGAAGACCAUCAGCAACAUCAGAAGGAAUAAAGAAGAUUCGCCCCCGUGUUCAAAGAGAUUCCAGUUACUACUGGGAAAUAAAAGGGGAGGAAGUAGUAUUAUUGAAGCGAAUAGGCUCUGGAUCCUUCGGAACUGUAUUUAAAGGAAAAUGGCAUGGUGAUGUAGCUGUAAAGAUUCUAAAGGUAACAGAUCCAACACCAGAACAACUCCAGGCUUUUCGGAAUGAAGUUCAGGUGCUAAGAAAGACACGACACGUAAACAUCUUAUUAUUUAUGGGCUACAUGACUAAGUUUAACCUGGCUAUUGUCACCCAGUGGUGUGAAGGUAACAGCCUCUACCAGCACUUACAUGUGCAGGAAAUAAAGCUGGAGAUGUUUCAGCUAAUUGACAUUGCUCGUCAGACGGCACAAGGAAUGGAUUACUUACAUGCAAAGAAUAUUAUCCACAGAGACAUGAAAUCAAACAACAUCUUUCUUCACGAAGGCCUCACUGUGAAGAUUGGAGAUUUUGGCUUAGCAACUGUGAAAUCUCGAUGGAGCGGCUCCCAACAGGUUGGACAGCCAACAGGAUCCAUUCUUUGGAUGGCACCCGAGGUCAUCCGAAUGGAGGAAGUCCAUCCAUAUAGUUUUCAAUCUGACGUCUAUUCAUAUGGUAUUGUGCUGUUUGAACUAAUGACAGGGGAGCUGCCCUACUCCCACGUAAACAAUCGAGAUCAGAUUAUUUUCAUGGUGGGAAGAGGAUUUUUAACCCCUGACCUCAGUAAACUCUACAAAAAUUGCCCAAAAGCAAUGAAGAGACUUGUAGCAAACUGUUUGAACAGGAACAAGGAUGAUCGACCUCUCUUUCCUCAGAUUUUAUCCUCUGUUGAACUGUUGCAACAUUCAUUACCCAAAAUCCACCGUAGUGCCUCAGAACCUUCUCUCCAUCGAGCUGCACACACUGAAGACUUGAAUCCUUUAACCUUAACAUCAACAAGAGUGGUUGCUUGCUGAUUUCGAGUCAAGAGCAAUGGAAAAAGCUGUACAGUUACAUUUCUUUGGAUGCUACAGGCCAGUGAAUAAUAUGCAGCAUCUGUUCACUUGUAAUCAAUUCUGGAAGCUGCCAUUGUUCAGAUUUAAUGAUACCAACUAGUAAGGUAAAGGUGCAUCCAUUUCAUUUAAUGUGUGGAUUCCUGGGAAGUUUUAUGAAGCCUUUUCCAAAGAUGGACAUACAGCCUACUUGUACAUCAUGGAUUCUUGUGUGGCAGACAUAGCAUGCCCAUUGCCAUGCUUGGCACCAGACUUCAAACUGUGCACUCGUGCAAUGUGGUUGAAUUGGAAUCAACUAUAUUACAGCAUACUACAUGAUGAUCCAAUCAGCAAAUAACUUGCUUAUCAAAGAAGACGUUUCUAAAGCAAAUAUUCACCGCUUUGUAUUGACUUAGCAGAUGUGAGGGUUAAAGGUGGACUAAUGCGGUAAACUAUGAGUCAGUAUGAUGCAACAAGUGUGUUGAAGUGGUUAUAAAUAAUUGGGAGGUUUAUUGUUUAAGUUUUGUUUGUUUUUUUUGCAAUUGAGUGGGGAUAACACGGUAUUCCAUUGGAUACCUUUAGAGUUGUUGUCAGUCCAUGUAUUUUAAUAAAAUAAGUUAAUUUGCAUUUUAUACAGAACUAUAUGCAGUUCUUUUAGAUCAGUCUAUUCAGAACAUUAGAUAAUUGAAAAAUGUAAUUACAGUAUUUAACAGCAUUAAAAUACCAAAAAAUUA